AUGUCAAUUGAAAAUCUCAAGACCUACGACCCCUUCGCCGAAGCCGACGAAGACACUGAUGAGACGAAGCAGACUCAAAAUUAUAUCCAUAUACGUAUCCAACAGCGUAAUGGACGUAAAACCUUGACGACCGUUCAGGGUCUUCCGAAGAAAUUCGACCGAAAGAAGAUCCUCAAGGUGAUCAAAAAGAAGUUCGCCUGCAAUGGCACCAUCGUCAAUGACACCGAGAUGGGAGAGGUGAUCCAGCUCCAAGGCGAUCAACGCAAGGAUGUGCAAGGAUUCCUCACAGACAAGAAGGAAGGCCUAGAGUUGGACCCUAAGUCUAUCAAGGUCCACGGCUUCUAG